UUGUUGUUAUCCUGGACGUGUUGGACGUGUCCGACAUUCCAGUGGGCCAUAAACGUCACACGGGGCGGUGUUGCGUUCAAGGUCCCUCCCCCACUUCCACACCAUGAGGCUCCCGUGUUGACAGGCCGCCUCCAGGCAGGCAGCAGGCAGCGAGGCCCGGCCUUGGUGAGCGAGCGCGCCGCGGAGACAAAAGCGUCUCUCCUCGUCAUUUCCAGUCGACGCCCACCGGGGGGAGAAGCGGCAAUUAUAACCCCAUCCCGUUCCAAAGCGUUUUUUAAUUCGGCGGAAUUCCGCCUGUGGUCCGCAUUUAGCACGAAGCUAACCGGAGCGGGUUGACCCGCCUCCUCUUCAUUUGUCAACAAAGGGGUUUGACAAGCCCGCGGAGGCCCUUCCCCCCACGCCGCCUUAUAAGGAUGAUUUGCCGCGGCUAGCGACGUUCUCGCUUCCCCGUCCUGCGUCGACUUCCUCCGGAGCGAAACAUGGCGGAGCGCGGGGCACAGCAGCCCCCUGCCAAGCGUCUCUGCUGCCGGCCGGGCUACGGCUCGACGUGUCGGCAAGGCCAGCGCGCCGGAGCUCCGGCGGGCGGCCACGGCGAGCCGUCGCCGGGCAAAACCCACAACCCGGAGUCGCUGCUGGACAUCGCGGCGAGGCGAGUGGCGGAAAAGUGGCCCUUCCAGCGGGUGGAGGAGCGCUUCGAGCGGAUCCCGGAGCCCGUCCAGCGGCGGAUCGUGUACUGGUCCUUCCCGAGGAGCGAGCGGGAGAUCUGCAUGUACUCGUCGUUCGGCAGCGGCGGGGCGGAGGAGCUCGCCGGCGGCCCGGAGAGCGGUGACGAGACGCGGCUGCCCUUCCGCCGCGGCGUCGCUCUGCUGGAGGGCGGCUGCGUGGACAACGUCCUGCAAGUGGGUUUCCACCUGAGCGGCACGGUGCGCGAGCCGGCCACGGAGGCGCAGUGCAGCGUGAGCAUCAGCUUCGACCGCUGCAAGAUCACGGCGGUGACGUGCGGCUGCGGCGACAAGGACAUCUUCUACUGCGCCCACGUGGUGGCGCUCUCGCUCUACCGGCUGCGCAGCCCCGAGCUGGUCAAGCUGCGUCUGCCCAUCUCCGAGACGCUCUUCCAGAUGAACCGGGACCAGCUGCAGAAGUUGGUGCAGUACUUGAUCACCGUGCACCACACCGAGGUGCUGCCCACCGCCCAGAAGCUGGCCGACGACAUCCUGUCCCAGAACUCCCAGAUCAACCAAGUCCACGGCGCUCCUGAUCCCACGGCCGGGGCCAGCGUGGACGACGAGAACUGCUGGCAUCUGGACGAGGAGCAAGUCCAGGAGCAGGUCAAGCUCUUCCUGUCCCAGGGGGGCUACCACGGCUCGGGCAAGCAGCUCAACCUGCUCUUCAGCAAGGUGAGAGAGAUGCUGAAGAUGAGGGACUCCAACGGCGCCCGCAUGUUGACGCUGAUCACCGAGCAGUUCAUGGGCGACCCCCGGCUGGCGCUGUGGAGACAGCAGGGGACCACCAUGACCGACAAGUACAGGCAGCUGUGGGAUGAACUCGGGGCGCUGUGGAUGUGCAUCGUGCUCAACCCCCACUGCAAGGCGGAGCAGAAGUCCUCGUGGCUGCGGCAGCUUCGCCGCUGGAACGGCGUGGACGUGUGCCCCCUGGAGGACGGCAACCACGGCGGCGAGCUGACCCACCUGACCAACGCUCUGCCCCACGCCGGCAGCCGAGAGCCGCUGAGUCGUGCCCACCGCACGGUCUUCACGCGAGCCAUCGAGGCCUGCGACCUCCACUGGCAGGACCCCCACCUGCAGCACAUCCUCACCGAGGAACGCUACGCCGGCCGCUGUCACCGCGACGACCUGGGCGCCGCCCCCUUCGACGGGCGCGGGCGGCCCCUGUGGCACGAGCACGUCCCCACGGCGUGCGCCCGGGUGGACGCGCUGAGGUCACAUGGGUACCCCAAGCAGGCGCUGCGGCUGGCGGUGGCGGUGGUCAACACGCUGAGGAGGCAGCAGCACAGACAGCUGGACGUCUUUCGCAGCCACAAAAAAGAGGUCCUCCACAAGGGUGUGACCUCCAUCACCAACAUGGAAGGGUGGGUGGGACAUCCCCUGGACCCCAUUGGUACUCUCUUCACGACUCUGACGGACACUGGACACACCUGUGACCACACCUCUCUCAGCCUCUCAGGCCCGCCAGGCGCAGGCCGGUGGGCGGAGCCGGCCGUCCCCGCCCACCACUUCCCGGAGGAGGCGGAGACUCUGACGGCGCUGGCGGUGGAGACGGCGCUGAUGGGUCUGGGCCAGCAGAGGUCCAUGCCAGAGGGUCUGUACGCGCAGGAGAAGGUGUGUCGCAACGAGGAGCAGCUGCUGGCCAAGCUGCAGCAGGUGGACCUGGACCAGGACCACACCCUGGUCCAGGUCUUCCGCAAGCAAGCCCUCGUCCUGCUGGAGGCGGGCCCUUACAGCGGUCUGGGUGAGCUGCUGUACCGGGAGAGCGUGCCCAUGCACACCUUCGCCAAGUACCUCUUCACCUCGCUGCUACCUCACGACGCCCAGCUGGCGUACAAGAUCGCCCUGAGGGCCAUCAGGCUGCCCGUCCUGGAGUCGGGCGUGGCGUGCGGCUCGCACCACAUGGUGUCGGUGGUGGCCAACCGCUACCCUCGCUGGUUCACCCUCAGCCACAUCGAGUCCCAGCAGUGUGAGCUGGCGUCCACCAUGCUGACCGCCGCCAAGGGUGAUAAUGUGAAGCUGCAGACGGUGCUGGAGUCCAUCCAGAAGAACAUCCACUCCUCCUCUCACAUCUUCAAGCUGGCCCAGGACGCCUUCAAGAUCGCCACCAUGAUGGACAGCCUGCCCGACCUCACGCUGCUCAAAGUCUCGCUGGAGUUGGGUCUGCAGGUGAUGAGGAUGACUCUGUCCACCCUCAACUGGCGCAGGAGAGAGAUGGUGCGCUGGCUGGUCACCUGUGCCACCGAAGUGGGCGUGUUGGCGCUGGACAGCAUCAUGCAGAGCUGGUUCGCCCUGUUCACGCCCACGGAGGCCACCAGCGUGGUGGCGAGCAGCGUGAUGUCCAGCGCCACCGUGCUGCGGCUGCACCUGGACUCGCACCAGCAGGACAAGUUGGCCAAGUCUGCGCGCACGCUGGCGCUGCAGUGCGCCAUGAAGGACCCGCAGAACUGCGCCCUGGCGGCGCUCACGCUGUGCGAGAAGGACCAGGUGGCCUUCGAGACGGCCUACCAGAUCGUGCUGGACGCCGCCGCCGCCGGCAUGAACUACACGCAGCUGUUCACCGUGGCUCGCUACAUGGAGCACCGCGGCUACCCGCUGCGCGCCUACAAGCUGGCCACCUCCGCCAUGGCGCACCUCAACCUCAGCUACAACCAGGACACGCACCCCGCCAUCAACGACGUGCUGUGGGCGUGCGCCCUCAGCCACUCGCUGGGCAAGAGCGAGCUGGCCGCCGUCAUCCCCCUGGUGGUGAAGAGCGUCAAGUGCGCCACCGUGCUCUCCGACAUCCUGCGCCGCUGCACGCUGAGCGCGCCCGCGGCCGCCCCGCACGCCCGCAGGAACUCCGCCCACAAGGCGAUGGCGCUGGAGAAGGCGCCGCUGCGGCAGCUGCUGGACGCCACCGUGGGCGCCUACAUCAACACCACGCACUCGCGCCUCACGCACAUCAGCCCGCGCCACUACGGCGAGUUCAUCGACUUCCUCGGCAAGGCGCGGGAGACUUUCCUGAUGGCGCCCGACGGACACGCCCAGUUCUCGCAGUUCAUCGACAACCUCAAGCAGAUCUACAAGGGCAAGAAGAAGCUCAUGAUGCUCGUCAGGGAGCGCUUCGGCUGACUCGCUCACUUCCGGCUGACUCGCUCACUUCCGGCCCCGCCUCCACCCUCCCGGCCCCGCCUCCACCCUCCCGGCCCCGCCUCCACCCUCCUGGCCCCGCCUUGGCCUUCUCUGGUGCGUCCACACUGCACAACGCC